AUGUCUUUUAAAGAAUCCAACUUGGAAGAUGGGUACUCGGUAUCUUCAUCUCAGUUUCAAGUAACCACAAAACAAGCCAGUAAUGACACCAGGGAUAAAGACUCAUCAUUUAUCUCAUUUUUCAAAUCGUUCAAGGUAGAUAAAACAGAAAUUGAAAAUGGAGUGGAAGUACUCACACCAGAGGAUAGUCUACGGAGUUACCAAAUCAAGUUGAUUGCACUUUCAUCAUGUGUUGGGUCUGGUUUAUUUAUCAGUAGUGCAUCUAUAUUAUCCUCGGCAGGUCCAGCUGGUACGGUUAUUGGAUAUUCAAUUGUGGCAGUCUUAAUAUUUUUCGUGGUUCAAGCAUUGGGGGAAUUGACUAGCUCAUAUCCUGUUCGGGGAAAUUUCCUCAUCUAUAAUUCACGUUUUAUCGAUGAAUCCUGGGCAUUUGCCAUGAAUUGGAACUACUGUAUGCAAUGGAUCGUUAGUAUUCCUUUGUCCCUAGUCGGUGCAUCAAUGACCAUUCAGUAUUGGAACGACGAUAUCAACCCCGGCGCUUGGGUUGCCAUUUUCUGGGUGUGUAUUUGUGCCAUUAACAUUUUCGGAGUCAAGGGGUACGGGUAUGGUGAAAGCGUGUUUUCCGUGAUUAAAGUUGUAGCGAUUAUAGGGUUUGCUAUUUUGGCCAUUAUUUUGAUCGCUGGGGGCGGUAAGCAAGGCUAUAUUGGCGGUAAAAACUGGCACCCGCCGUUUGCCAAUGGGUUCAGAGGCACUUGUAAUACUCUUGUUAAUGCUUCGUUCAGUUUCGCCGGUACGGAGUUGGCAGCAAUUGCUGCUGCUGAGACCUCAAAUCCCCAUAAGGCACUACUUAAAGCAACAAAGCAAAUUUUCUGGAGAAUAGCCGUGUUCUACAUGUUAUCCGUGAUAUUGUUGUGUUUUUUGGUUCCAUAUAAUGAUCCUAAGUUGUUGGGAAACUCAAACUCGUCAGCAUCACCAUUUGUCAUUGCCAUUUCCAAUGGUGGAAUCAAUGUCUUGCCGUCUAUUUUCAAUGCUGUUAUAUUAAUUGCCCUUUUGUCAGUAGCCAACGCCAGUGUUUUUGCAACUUACAAACCAUUGGUCGCAUUGGCUGAGGCUGGACAUGGACCAAAGUUUUUGGCGUACCUCGACCGAAAAGGAAGGCCAAUUUUCUCCAUAGUGAUUGCAUUGGCCUUUGGGUUGAUUGGGUUUGUCGGUGCGUCAAAAAAUCAAGAGACUGUAUUUGCUUGGUUAUUAGCCUUGAGUGGAUUGUCGUGUAUUUUCAUUUGGUUUUCGAUAUCAUUGGCACAAAUUCGUGUCAACUAUGCAUGCAAAGUCCAAGGAUUGGAUUUGUACCGACCAUUUAGGGCCAUUGGCGGGGAUUAUGGUGCAUACCUUUCAAUGAUUAUCAACGUUUUGAUUUUAAUUGCACAAUUUUAUGUUGCAUUGUACCCAAUUGGUGGACAAUCUUUGCAAGCAAGCACUUUUUUCCAAGCAUAUUUGGCAACUCCUAUAGUGUUGGUGUUGUACGUGGGUCACAAGCUUUGGACCAGGAAUUGGAGAAUGUAUAUCAAAGCUAAAGAUAUGGAUCUCUUAACGGGGAGAAAUCAAGUUGAUGUUGAAGUAGCACUUGAAGAACUUCAUGACGAAAAGCAAAGGUGGAAGCAAAAUCCGUGGUGGUAUAAAGCUGUAGAUGUAUGGUGUUAG